AUGCUCCACCCACUGCACCGCCUCCCUGCCGCCCCCUCCCGUCCGGCCGCCCACCCGCACGUCUCCCCCGCCCCCUCCCUCCGUCUCCGCCGAGUGGCGAGGACCACGCCGACGACGCCCGUCGUAUGCUGCUCCGGCUUCGCCGGUUCGCUGCCUGUGCCGAAUCAUGGGAGCGAAUUCGAACCUCGAUCCAGAUCGAUCUAUGGGGGUCGGGGCUCCACGGUGGCCCGCGUUAGUCCCGUAUCCAUGGAUCCGGGGUUCCUGGCAUCCAAGAAUGGUACCAGAGGCAGAGGUAAACACCUAGUGUCACCCAGUGCUAGCUUAAACCAUGCGCCAUCACCAAGGUUUCGCCAUCGGAGGGGUUCACGAUUUGUCGUUCGGGCUGAAGCGGAUUUCUAUUCUGUACUUGGCGUGUCAAGAAAUUCUAGCAAAUCCGAAAUCAAGAGCGCCUAUCGGAAACUUGCUAGGAGCUUUCACCCUGAUGUGAACAAAGAUCCUGGUGCUGAACAAAAGUUCAAGGAUAUCAGCAAUGCUUAUGAGGUUUUGUCUGAUGAUGAGAAGCGAGCAAUCUAUGACAAAUAUGGAGAAGCUGGUCUGAAGGGUUCUGGCAUGGGAACAGGAGAUUACUCAAACCCAUUUGAUCUCUUUGAGUCAUUAUUCGAAGGGUUUGGUGGAAUGGGUGGAAUGGGCGGCGGCCGUGCUGCUCGUAACAGACCAAUGCAAGGUGAUGAUGAGAGCUACAAUCUGGUACUUAAUUUCAAGGAAGCGGUGUUUGGCGUGGAGAAAGAAAUUGAGAUAACCAGACUGGAAGGCUGUAAUACAUGUGAUGGAAGUGGCGCCAAGCCUGGCACAAAACCUACCACGUGUAAAACUUGUGGUGGUCAGGGCCAGGUAGUCUCCUCCACAAGAACACCUCUUGGAAUAUUCCAGCAGGUGUCCACCUGCAAUACUUGUGGUGGCACUGGUGAGUUCGCCACCCCAUGCAAAACCUGUGGGGGUGAUGGCCGAGUGCGCAAGACAAAGAGGAUCAGUCUGAAGGUCCCUGCUGGAGUCGAUUCUGGAAGCAGGUUGAGGGUCCGUUCAGAGGGGAACGCUGGCCGGAGAGGAGGCCCGCCUGGAGACCUUUACGUUUUUAUUGAUGUUCUCUCUGAUUCUGUUCUCAAGCGAGAUGGGACAAACAUUCUCUACACAUGCAAGGUUUCUUACAUUGAUGCAAUUCUUGGGACAACCGUCAAGGUCCCCACUGUUGAUGGGGUAGUUGACCUGAAGAUCCCUUCCGGGACUCAGCCGGGCACAACUCUGGUAAUGUCCAAGAAAGGUGUCCCACUUCUUGGGAAGUCCAAUGCUCGCGGAGACCAGCUAGUACGUGUCCAGGUUGAGAUUCCAAAGCGUCUAAGCAGCGACGAGAGGAAGCUGAUUGAAGAGCUUGCAAACCUUAACAAGGCUGAACCGGCAAACAGCAGGAGAUGAUGAUUGCGUCAGGCUUGGCUGGUUUCGUGCUUGUGCGAUAGGCAAUUUUGAUGCAAAUUGCAGUGACAAAGUUAUAAUUGGAGUUGUAAUUGUAGGAAUUCUGUGCUCAUUCUGCACACAGUGCCCUAGAGGGGGAACUGGAGGAGAUAAAGCCAUGUCUGUAUCUUCAUUUUAAGCUAUAGAAAGGUAGGUCGCCGCAAAUCACCAAACGGAUGGUGAACUUUUUGCAAUAGCCUGUCGUAUGCUUUGGCCGAGCUUAUUAGCCUAUUUUUUGACAAUACGUUUCUUAUAUCUUUGGAAGCCUUGGGAGAACUGUUCACUAGUUUGUUGCAGAAAUGCCGGACCAUUCUGAACAUUCUGUAAGCAGUAAAGCGAAAAUUGUUGUGAAAUUUAGUGUUUGUAUGAA